AUGCUGGCUGUGCAUCGCCUGCUCCGGUGCCUUCACUGCAGUGGCGUUGCCAGAACCUCGCUCCAGUUCACAGUGGGCUCCUCAUCCCACAGUGCCCUCUCGGAACUGCACAGAAUGUUUGCUCCCCCAUCCCGCCCGUGUUGUCCCGCCCAAAGCGGCCCUCGUGGCCUGCCCUCGCCCGCCAUCUCCCACCCCUUGGACAGCCCACAGCCCCAGAAUGGGCACCAGGAAGGAGCUGUUUCCUAUUUUCAGCCAGCUGUGCCAGUGUCCUGCUGGAGGGUUGGGCCAGUUUGUCCGAGGUGUGUCUGCUCUGGUCCAGGACGACCAGCUGGCGAGGCAGGAGGCUGCCACAGCAACAUCCUCACCCUCGUCCAAAUAAAUGGGCACACCGUGAUACUGACCCACUGCAACAAUUUAGGGGGAAACCCCUUUCUUUGGCCCUCAGGAUAAACUCCCUUCUGAAUCUGCCCACCUGGGCGGGGGAAGCAGCAGGUUCCAGGGCACAGUGUGAUGGCAGACAUGGGGGAACAUCCCAAGGGAUGGAAGCCCACAUGGGUUGCUGCGUUCCUACUGUGUGCUCAAAAACACCCCGGGCAAGAGGAGCUGUCUGUGCCCUGCUUUGAGACCCACCAGUAUCAGCCUUCAAACCACUGGAACAGCCUUUGGAAGUCAGGCUGGACUUUUGCCCUGGCUCCACGUACCACUAAUGUUACAGGGAUCCUUUUUCUCCAGGCACACUGCUUCGAAGCUGCCAGCCUCCAUGUAAAUGUCAGCAAGCCUGAGAUUGAGACUCUAAAUGUGACAGACCAAAGGCAGUUUGCCACAGAUUUUGUGAAACUUGUGAAAGCUGAGGACACCAAGUUUCAUAUUGCCAUUCUGGAAAACAUUCAGGUUUUGUCAGAGGAUAUAUGAGGGGGAAAUCUGUCGAGGAAACUCCUUGUUAGUCACACUUUUAUGAACUGGAAUAAACUAUUGAAUGAUCAGCAUCUGAACACCAGUGUCUCCAAUGUCAAAGUGCUUCCAUGGUACUGAAAUAAACCCUUUGAUAUGGUGUCCUAAAUAUAAAAAAAGAAGAAAAAUACAAAAUGGGGUUGUUUGUUUGAUUUAUUUCUGGAUCACUCAGGAGAAUACAGAAAUUUCCAUCAGUCAACUACCACUUUAAAAAUAAUUCAAGUUUGUAGUGACUGGAAAUAAUUUGCUGUUAUUUUUUUUUUUCGUUUACUUCAUGUACUUUUCAACUGCUUUUAAAGAUACUAGUAGUGGUCAAAAUGUCAAAGGGAGGUGAGUCAGCAAGCAAACUCUUACUUUCCUCUGUAAUUUUAACCAAUAUGACAUUCACUUAUGUAACUUCAUACUAAAUAAAGCACUGGUUAUAAGGAAAGUUGAUAAGGUAGGUUGGCAUUGUAUACAGAUUUUUUCAUUGGUACUGUGAAACUCUGUAAAUUCAGCCUUCAGGCUUGGCUUGUACAUACCUUUCUGCAUGCUCAGGAGACAUCCCUAACACAGGCUCAUGAACAAAGGGAGAGCAGUACACAGGAGGAAUAAAUUUCUUAUAGCUAGUGCAGAAGAUAUUUCAGGACUGAUCAGGGCUGUGUGCUGGGUGCUGAGGCAUUACAGAAUAAAGCAGUGCUACUUCCCUUCUCCCAGUGUUCCUUAC